AGGUCCUCGAUUUUGCAAAAGCUGGUCCACAAUCUGCGAUGGGCGGAGUCGUUGCGACUGCAAUUAUCAAUGCAGAAACGAUGGUGGCACUUUUCUCCACAGUUGCUAGUCCUGGGCAUGAGUGAUGAUAGUUCGAGCAGCUCCACAGGAACACCCGAGAAGUUUAGAAUUGAGAUAGUUCAGAAAAGCUUUAGUGCGUCUUCAGAACUUCAAGAAGAGGAUGUCGAGCUCGGCCAUUUCAUCGACGCCUAUAUAGAGUUGAAUAAAUUUAUCGGUUUGCUUGGUAAAAUAUUCCAUUUCGUACAAGUUGAUGUCCGAGAGAAGACGGCAAAGUUGAGAGAGCUCUAUCAAAAGGCACCGACUUAUCAGAGCGUAAAGAAGAUGAUAGCUUUUGAACACGAAAAUAAAGACUACACCGGAUCAAAAGCUCUUCUUGCAUUGCAUCGUGCCUUGGAAUUCAUCUGUGCCUUCAUCAACGCUCUGGCGGAAAGUACGAAUGAAGACAGUGUUUCUUUGAUCUGUCGCAAAACUUACGAGGAUACAUUAGCAAGGUUCCACCCUUGGGUCAUUCGGAAAGCUGUCGGAUUAGCCUCAUACACUCUCCCCUCUCGUGGUCAGUUGAUCACUUCCAUACAGGGAAGCAUGCCCGAGGAGAGUUAUUGCAUUCUAACCUUGCCUUCAAAAUCCCAGUUUAGUGUGCAUAGUAUAACAGCAUCAUAUAUUCAAGCCCUGUCCUACAUCGAAUAG